ACCUUGGCGAAUAAAAACUUGUUCACGAUUUUAUUAAAAUUAUAGGUAUAUUAAUUAUAUAGGAUUUUUCUAAUUAAAAUUUGUAAAUGUAUUAAUUAUACAUGAUAUGAUAUUGUUGUGGUUAGGUUUGUUUUUGUUAACUUCUAAAACUGGCCGUUGGGAAUUUUGAAAACUUAAAACAUAUAUCCAAGCCAUCAAAUUCAAAACAGGCUCGAUCUUCAACCACAGGUUUUGAAAAAAAAAAAAACAUUAGACUGCCCCCUUUGUGUUUGAAUAGCUCUCCAGACCUCUCCCUUCCUCUCUUCGUUUCAUUUCUUCUUCUAUAAUCAUUGCAGUUCUCGAUCUUCAAUAGAACUUCAUAUCUUCGGUUGGAUCUGCAAAUGUGCAUCGUUUCUACUUGCUCUCUUUUCCGGUUCUCCGUUUCUUGGUUUUCGGAGCUCAGUUCGGUGUUUGUUCUGUUGUUUAGUGUCGAGGAACUUUCUAGUUAGGUUGAUUUAUAAUGAUUUGGAAAGCAUAUUGUGGAGAGAAACGUUGUAGAGUUGGAAUUGGGGUAUGCAUCUUUAUUCAUCUCCAAAGGAACUAUGGAUGGUGACGGAACAAUAUCGACUCCUUCAGUUGGGCCCAGCAUCAGCGAUGGCGCUCAGAGAAUGCGAGCUUUUCAUGGAAGAACUAGUGGUCCUACGAGACGUUCUACAAAAGGACAAUGGACCCCUGAGGAGGAUGAGAUUCUGCGUAAAGCUGUUCAACAAUUUAAAGGAAAAAAUUGGAAAAAGAUAGCGGAGUGUUUCAAGGAUCGGACUGAUGUACAGUGCCUACACAGGUGGCAAAAGGUCUUGAAUCCAGAACUUGUUAAAGGGCCAUGGUCCAAAGAGGAGGAUGAACUGAUAAUUGAGUUGGUGAACAAAUUUGGGCCCAAAAAAUGGUCAACCAUUGCUCAGCACUUACCUGGACGUAUUGGAAAGCAGUGCAGAGAAAGGUGGCAUAAUCAUCUCAAUCCUGCCAUAAAUAAAGAGGCAUGGACUCGGGAAGAAGAGCUGGCUCUUAUUCGUGCUCAUCAGGUUUAUGGAAACAAAUGGGCAGAGCUCUCAAAGUUCUUGCCAGGAAGGACAGACAAUGCUAUAAAAAAUCACUGGAACAGUUCAGUCAAAAAGAAAGUGGACUCUUGCGUAGCAUCAGGACUUCUAGAACAAUUUCAGUUUCCACUUCUUACAAAUCAAAGCCAGUCUAUGCCUUCAUCUUCUUCAAGGAUACAGAGGAAUGUAGAUGAUAGUGGUGCCAAAUGUCGGACAGAAGCAGAUGACAUAUCAGAAUGCAGCCAAGACCCUACUAUGGCUGGCUGCUUCCAGCCUACACGUGAUUUGGCCAAUGCUGCUGUGCAUACAAGAGAGCAUUUGCACUUGACUGAAAUAUCUGGUGUGGGAAAGGAGAAGAAUUCCUGUCCAGCACCUUGUUCAGAAGAGUAUUAUCCAUCUUUGGAAGAUGUCAGCUUCUCCAUUCCAGAAAUACCUGGUGAAGCAGGGUAUUCUACAUGUGGGGAUUACCAGUUUGGUUUAACAAACCUAGCUAAUCCUUCUUCUCUGGAAUUAGGGCAAGAAUCAUCUGGAUUCAAAAAUCACUGUAUAGACACUAGUAGAUGCCAUGAAGUGAUGAAUGUUGCAUUACAAACUUCUGUAGGAUUAAAUACUCCUACAUCUUUCAUAAAUACAGUUACAAAUUUUGACAAGCAAGAACAUAUGCUGAUAACGGAUGAUGAAUGUUGUAGGGUCCUAUUCUCAGAGACAGUAACUGAUGGAUGCUUUGUCUCUGAAGAUCUUACACAAGGAUAUAAUAUGGUUGAAUCAUGUAGCCACACACAUGCAUCAUCUUCUCAGGCUUCAGACAUCCAAAAAUCUGAAACUGGGAUCAUGCCAGCCUUGCAAUCUAAUUGUCCUUCAAGGUCUGAAGUGUUGCCAACCUCAUGCUGUCAAUCUUUUGUGUCUCCACUUAUUUCAGUUGAGGAUGGUACCACCCUUAUAUAUGGCAGAGAGCCUGGUCAGUUAACUGGUCAACCUUUUGAAACUCAGGAGCAAGAACUUACUAUGAAUGUACAUGAUGGCUUUAUCUGUACUAGUGAUGAUCAUACAUAUGAUACAGACUUGCAAGAGCGAUCCAACCUUGACAAAGAUUCUCCGAAGUUGGUUCCAGUGAAUACUUUUGGUUCUGAAUCAAAUGCAAUGCAAACUUGUCCUAUUGUGGAUGAUAAACCAAACUUGCCUGCUGAACAAGAUGGAGGAGGUCUAUGUUAUGAACCUCCUCGCUUUCCAAGCUUAGAUAUUCCAUUUUUCAGCUGUGAUCUUAUAUCAAGUGGCUGCGAUAAGCAGCAAGAAUAUAGUCCCUUUGGUAUUCGCCAACUAAUGAUGUCAUCUAUGAACUGCAUCUCUCCAUUUAGGUUGUCUGAUUCUCCAUUAUGGGAUGAUAGUCCUGAUGCUAAGCUGAAAAGUGCUGCCAAAACUUUCACUCGUACACCAUCCAUAUUGAAGAAACGCCACCGUGACCUAUUGUCUCCUUUAUCAGAAAGAAGAUGUGGCAAAAAGCUGGAAACAGAUAUGACAUCCAAUUUGAGCAAAGAAUUCUCUUGCUUGGAUGUUAUGUUGGAUGCGAGUGGGACUGGAAACAAAUCUCAGGAGUCUCCAUCUGAAUGUAAGACCAAGUCUGGUGUCUUCAUUGAAGAAAAAGAAAACUUGUGUCAAGCAGUUGAUCAGGAACAAUACAAUGGGGGAGAUCACACUGAACCUUUAGAUGAUGAAGCUCAGAAGAAAGGUUCUAAUGGAAUUAAUUCCCAAGGAGACAUAGAAAAGGAAGCCUGUGUUACUGAUGCCAAGGACAAAACAUAUGCUAACGCUUCCGACAAAAUUGUCCAACGGCCUCCAGAAGUGCUUGUUGAGCACAAUUUAAAUGAUCUACUAUUGUUUUCUCCUGAACAUGUUGGUCUUAAAGCAGACAGACCAUUAUUGUCUUCAAGCACACUGACUCCAAGAAAUCAGGGUUUGGCUUCUGAAUGCUUUUCGGGAAAUGCAUGCAUAAUUGUCAGCUCUCCUACUCUGCAGAUAAAGAACAGUGAAAGCCAGUCAAUUUCAUCAGCAACCUUGGAGAAUUUGGCUGAUAAUGCUGGGAAUGGUGCUGCUAUUGAAAAUUACAAUAUCUCUCCUACUCCGCAGAUAAAGAACAGUGAAAGCCAGUCAAUUUCAUCAGCAACCUUGGAGAACUUGGCUAAUAAUGUUGGGAAUGGUGCUGCUAUUGAAAAUUGUAAUAUCUUCAGUGAAACUCCAUUAAAAAGAAGUAUAGAAUCCCCAUCAGCAUGGAAGUCUCCUUGGUUUAUCAACUCUUUUGUUCCAGGCCCAAGGAUUGAUACAGAAAUAACAAUUGAGGACAUUGGAUACCUGAUGAGCCCUCCAGAUAGAAGCUACGAUGCCAUCGGGUUGAUGAAACAAUUAAGUGAGCAUACUGCAACUACUUAUGCUGAUGCUUUGGAAGUUUUGGGAAAUGAAACUCCAGAAUCAAUUGUGAAGGGAAGACGCUCCAACAAUUCCAAAAUGGACAAAGAGAAUAAUCAAAUGGAGACUCAAUCACAUUUGGCUUCAGAUAUCUUGGUGGAGCGUCGCAUCCUUGACUUUAGUGAAUGUGGAACGCCUGGAAAGGGUACCGAAAAUAGAAAGUCCUCAACUGCCGUGAGUUUCUCAAGCCCCUCUUCAUAUCUCUUGAAAGGUUGCAGGUAAUGGUUUAUCAAGAGUACUGAAAAGGCUUGCAUGUUUGUAGUUUACAUCGAAUAUAUGUAUCCCAUCUUUUUUUCCCCUUUUUUCUUUUCAAAAUCCAUCAAUUUCUUGUCGAACGAGAAUGGAUCUAAUUAAGUUAAUUGAUGAUAAAAAAAGAAUUGUGCAAGCGCAUAA